ACUUUUGGAUGCCCUGCAGCAAUGGAAGACAAUUUAUCAAUGCAACACUUUCUUUUAGUUGACAAUCCAAAUUUCAUUCUGCUUUGAUAAACACAUUAUAUCUAAUCCUUCGUCACAAGUUUUCUAGUCACACCACCCCUUCGUGCAGGAGUUCAUCUGCAGCAGGAAGUUCUUCUACAGAAGCAAAACUGUUCUUUUUAGCAGAAAGUUUCUCAGACGGGUGCGGAGCACUGUCUCCGACAAUACGCCAGAGCAGAUGGGUGAGCUGACAGGUCAUUCUCCAGAUGUCACGUACUUGAAUGGGCAAAGUGAAAGGAUCAACGAAACAGUACAUCACGCCGAUUUCUACUUCAGAUUUCCUCAAAUGCUUUGCCAUAGUUGAGGUCAGGAGUCCUCUGACCAUCCUUCAGUAAGAUUGGAAGUGGCAAAGAAGGUUUCAGAUUUCCUUCUUCUCUGAAUAAAUGAAUCUGUCAUGAACACUUUUCAUCGGCAGCCUCAAAUUCAAAUUCGUAAAGACAAGUGUAUUUCCAGGGCUAAGUUUUUAUCUUUGCUAGGAACGUACAAUUGUUUUUGUCAAGAUAACAAGAAUUUACAACUGACGUAUUCUGAUAAUAAUGGAAAGGUUAUCCUAGAAGGCGUAUUAGAUAUUUCGUGGGGUGUGCACCAACUAAUAAGAUUUCAGAUUGAUGAUGAGAAAUCUAUACCAUCACCAAUUGCAAUCCAAAUUACUGAUACUACAAUGAAUAAAAGAGGAAUGACACGCUGGGGAGAGUUUGACAACUUGUACAACAUUGCUGAACUGGAAGAAGAAACAAUGCCAGAAGGCAAGGAACAGGGGCCAAUCCAGCAGCUAGUCUUUGAAAGCAGUACAUUAAAACCAAAACGGAACCCAGAGCCAGAAAGUGGCAACUUAAUACGUACAAGGAGUGAUGCAUCACUGGUGAAGAUGAGGGUUAAGGACCAAGCAGCGACUGCAGCAAAGAAAACACAGCGUCAGCGGUUUUCCAUUAACGGUCACUUCUACAAUUACAAGACUUCUAUUUUCACACCAGUCAAAGGCUCUGUGACUAAUGUGAGAAUCAACAGCACAAUGACAACCCAGGAGGUAAUAGCAUUAUUGCUACAAAAGUUCAAGAUAGAAAAUGAUCCAAAUGAUUUUGCAUUGUAUGUUGUUCACGCAAAUGAAGAAAAAAAAAAGCUGAAGGUCACAGCAUUUCCAUUGUGGGAAAGAUUGCUUCAUGGACCAUCACGGGAAAUCGUGAAAAUAUUUUUAAUGGACAAGGAUGCAGAAGAAAUCAGCAGUGAUGUAGCUCAGUAUAUCAAGUUUGAAAUUCAUGCCUUAAAAACACUUCUUCAGAAACUAAGUGAGGAGGAGGAGAUAAUUAUUGGAAAAGUCAAGGACCGGUACAAGGCCGAGAAAAGGUCUUUGAUCCAGCUUUUGCACAAACGGAUGAUAGUGAGAGCAGAAACUUCAGUUUAAGAAGCAGAUCCUUCACCGAGAAAUUAGAUGUCUGUGUGCAGUGAUAUGUAACUGGAAACAAUCAUAGAAUGCAUAAGUGCUUCAUUUUAAUGGGAAUGGCACACUUUAAAAUGAUGGAAAAGUGAUGGCAUGGAAACAGACCACUUGACCCAUCAUAUUUGGACCAGAACCCUAUUUGUAUUUAGUCUGACCUGCAAUCAUGAAACUAUUGCCCUAGACCUUCCUCUGGACAAGAACUCUUUUUUGUCAUCGUGACAUCUACAGCAGAAAAAGGGCACGGUGAGGUAAAUCACUUAUGGCUUUAAUUCAGUCACUCCAUAUUUAUCAGGAAUCUUUGUGCCGCUCCACUGUGGAUUUAUUGAAAACUAAGGAAGCCAUUAUCAUUGCACUGUCCCACUGAAAUCAACAUUCAUCACAACGUUGCUGCAUUUGAGCCACUCUUCAUGGAUAUCACUCAGUACAACAAAUAAUGGGAGGUGACGGCUUGGCUCUGGAGUCAUAUUGACUAUAACAUAUUCAUUGAAUUAGACUUUGAUUUUCAAGUGAUGCUGCAAAUGCCCGAAGCCCAAACAACAACCUUUUUGUUUGGAAACGCUUCUAUGAGUUGCUUUGAAAUGUUUAUCCACAUUAAAGACACCAUAUAAAUCCAAGUUGUUGUAACACUGCAGCAAAGACUAUGUUCCAAAGGUACUUUAUUACCUUUCUUAGUGUUUUUCUUAGUAAAAGUAAACUUCCAAAACUUAUCAAAGAAUCAUAAACUAAUUACCAUUUAGCUGCCUUCAGAGCUAAAACUAAAAUCAUUUUUAGAAAAUAUUCGAUGGUCAUUUUAUAUUAACUUGCUUUAUUAAUUAACAUUUCUUACAGCUCAUAUAAAUGCACGAUUAAUCAGUUACUUAAAUAAGACCAUAUAAUUGAAGCAUAGGAUACACAAUCCAAGCUACAAUAUUAUGUAUUUUAUAUGUUUUUUCUGCCAUAAAUAAAAAGUGAACUGCUCAAUGAAGACAACGGAAAGAAGCAUUUAUUUAAAUGUGAAGACUGAAUCUUGGUGGUCAUGAAAUUCAACUUCCAAUGAAAACCUGAAGGUUUUGUUUUUGCUUCAAUAGGGACAAUUCAAUUCAAUUCAGCAGAAUUCCUGAUUCUUUUCAUUAAUUAGGUCCAUAUGAAGAAAUGUGGAUAAAACUGUUAAAAGUUAGUUUUAUGUUAAAAAUACAGGUAUACAAGUGGUAGAUAUUGUUUGAUCAAGGGCUGAGUCAGCAGGGGUGCUUGUUUGCAAUGGUAUCUAUCUCUGGGCAACAGGGUCUGGGUUCAAGCUCCACUUGCACUGGAGGUGUGUCAUAACAUGUUUAAACCAGCUGAUUAAAAAAUCUGAUGGGCUUUGUGGCACAGUGGCACUGUCCCUAUCUCUAGACUGCAAGGUUUGUGUUUCAAGUUCUGGAGGACUGUCAGAACAUGCCUGGUUAGGGUGACUGUAAAAAAAAAAUGUACCAAGAGAAUCAGGUUCUGAAGUUAAUUUGAUUUCACUGAUUUCUCAAAAUAAGUUUCAAGUGUGUCAGGUGGGACACUUGUUUCGUAGUUACGAGGGGGAAAUCUGUAAUGCUGCAUUCUAAGAAUAAACAUACCAACAAGGAAAAGAUUGGUAUAUUGGAUCCAUUAACAAUGGCUUAAUAAUUCUCAGCUCUGAAGAAAAUCCUUUACUGGGCAUUGGGUGCACUGUCUGAUUUAUCAUAUUCCUUGCUGUGGUAUUUUAAAAUCAGUUUUCUGGAACAUCUGGGGUUCCUUUGCCACUGAAGGAUUAGAUGUAAUGUUCUAACUUCUGCCACUUGCUGCCAAAAAUAUCAAUGAAGGAAUGUCUAGACUAUUUUACUUUGUAACAUUUUAAUUUUUGUUUUUUCAAAAUUUAAUUAAAUAGCCAGUUAAUAUUUUAACAACGCUGUAUAAUAUAAAUAUGUUUUCAAAAGUUUUAAUAUAAUCUACAAAAC